AUGGGUAAUCCCAAGGAAGAGAAGGCCCUGGAGGAUAAAGGCAUCAAGCCAGGAGAUUUUGUGUCCACCAAGUACAGGGGAGGGACCCGCGAAGGGGUCGUGGAGCGCAUUGCCAAAACCCCAGAGGAGCAUCCGCAUCCUCCCAAGGUCAUCUUCACCAACCAGAGGGGCAAGGAGGUUGCCCACAAUCCCUCCACUCUGGAGAAGAAAGCUGCCGCUGAGGAGCAGGAUGAGGAGCCCGAUGAAUGA